GCGCGCAAAUGUCCCGCCGCGAUAGAGGCAACACCCAUGAAGAAGAAGAAGAAACUGUUUUGUUUACCUUGAGUACCAGGCCUUGCCAGCACCCCGCCCAGGCUUAACACGUAGACCAGUUCUAGAGGACCUGCUGGGCGGUGACCUCGUCAGCCCCAACACUGCCUUCCAAGUCUUCAAGUGGCGACACCCGUCCUGCAGAACUCGGGCCAACCCAAAAGGAAUCUACCCCGGGGCACAUAUAUUGACAGCAAGAGCCUCAAGCAAUCUGCACUGGUGGGGCUCUCGAGGCCGUGGUCCCAUGGCCUAAACAGACCCCAAAUCACGGCAGUAAUAAGUGGCAGCCCUUUAAUGAACAACAACUUAGACAAAAUACCACCGUUUUUCGACUUUAUCUGAUACGGCUUCAAGGGUGAGUACUUGCCUAGAAACAUGGAUGAUACACAGCUGUUGGACUGCACUCAGGCAAUACCUUGUGACCUGGAUGAUGAUGAGGAGGAGGAGGAGGCUCACCAUUUGGUUGCCUGGCUAGAAGUCAAUGGAAACAGGCAUGAAAUCUUCAGUGGAAGGAACAUAAUUGGCCGAGACCCAGACAAAUGCAAGGUUUUUAUUCCAAGCAAGGUUCUUUCCAAGGAGCAUGCGGUGGUGGAGGUGAGGGCAGGCACACACACCUUAGCUGACCUGGAUAGUAGUAAUAAAACACGGCUCGGGAAGAUGACACUGCGUCCCCAUGUCCAGUAUGCACUGCAAGGUGGUGAGAAAAUAAGGUUCGGCAAUGUGGCAGCCAUCUACACUAUCAAACCAGAGAUGUGUGAUGAUGACAGUGGCUCAGAGACCUGCUCUGAGUCAUUGCUUCCCAUGAUGGGAGAGGAGGAGGAGGAGGAAAGGUCGUCAUCACCGAUCUUUGCUCCCAGGCUUGACUAUCAAGUCCCACAGGAUGCUCAACAAGGAGCAGUAGAGAAUGGCAUUGAAGUGCCUCCAGCGUCUGCCAAGAGCAGCCACACACCUCAGUCAGAAGGGGCACCUCCCUCGGCCUCCCCUGGUACAUCACUCCUCCAGACUUCAGUCUCAUUUCUGCAGCCAAGUGAUGCUGAGAGCAGUGUCAUAAGUGCCACACAGUCACCCUCAAGGAGAAACUUCACAUCACUGUCUCCCAACUGCACUCCUAAGUCCCUUCAAGAGGACUACGACAGUGAUAGAAGUACUGAUGUGGAAGACAAUACUACACAUGAGCCCAGUCUUCCUGCACCCCAGUGUGAGACUCCAACAGACUCUGCUUCUUGUACUUUUAUACCAGAAACACCAGCACAACCAUCUUUUGACUCUCUAAUAUCAAAAACCCCAGAGUACUAUUCCACCCCUAACAGAUCUAUACAAGAAACCUCCACAGGUCCUUCUCCUCUCUCACUCAAAAGAGAAAACAUAUCAUUACCUCCCUCUCAAAUAACAUCCAUAUCUGAAACCCCCUCAAACUCUUCCCUUGCUGACACUGUGGUAAAGACACUAGGAAUGACUCAGAAGGAUGACAUGUCUACAAAAAGCCAUAAUGAUGAAGAUGUGUUCAAAAAGCCUCUUACAACAUUCACACCCAAGACGUGUAGGACUCCCACUGACCAUUUUUCUCCAAAGUCAUCAUUGGUUUCUAAGGCCAAAGAGGCUGUGCCUGUACAUUUAUUCUCCACUAAAGAUUCACAUCCUGUUGAUCCUGAUGCUCCAAGGCAGGUUUCCACACGUGAUGUUCCAAGCGAUGAUGAUCAUGAUGCCCUUACACAAGUAUUUACAGGUGAAGUUGAUCUUGAUGCUCCAACUCAAGUAUUUACCCAUGACACAAGUGUUGAUUUGGAUGCCCCCACACAAGUAUUUACAAAUGAUGUUGAUUUGGAUGCUCCAACUCAAGUAUUUACCCAUGACACAGGUGUUGAUCUGGAUGCCCCCACACAAGUAUUUACAAGUGGUGUUGAUUUUAAUGCUCACAAACAAGUAUGUACAAGUGACAUUGAUCUUGAUGCCCCAACACAAGUAUUUACUAGUGAAGCCCCAAGUAAUGUUGAUCUUGAUGCCCCAACACAAUUGUUUACCAAUGACAUACCAAGUGAUGCUGACCCAGAUGCACCAACACAAGUGUUCACCAGUGAUGCAGCAAGCAAUGUUGACCCAGACGCACCAACACAAGUGUUCACCAGUGAUGCAGCAAGCAAUGUUGACCCAGAUGCACCAACACAAGUGUUCACCAGUGAUGCAGCAAGCAAUGUUGACCCAGAUGUACCAACACAAGUCUUCACCAGUGAACCAGCAAGCAAUGUUGACCCAGAUGUACCAACACAAGUCUUCACCAGUGAACCAGCAAGCAAUGUUGACCCAGAUGUACCAACACAAGUCUUCACCAGUGAACCAGCAAGCAAUGUUGACCCAGAUGUACCAACACAAGUCUUCACCAGUGAACCAGCAAGCAAUGUUGACCCAGAUGUACCAACACAAGUGUUCACCAGUGAACCAGCAAGCAAUGUUGACCCAGACGCACCAACACAAGUCUUCACCAGUGAACCAGCAAGCAAUGUUGACCCAGAUGUACCAACACAAGUGUUCACCAGUGAACCAGCAAGCAAUGUUGACCCAGAUGUACCAACACAAGUGCUCACUAGUGAUGCACCAAGCAAUGUUGACCCAGAUGCACCAACACAAGUGUUCACCAGUGAACCGGCAAGCAAUGUUGACCCAGAUGUACCAACACAAGUGUUCACCAGUGAACCAGCAAGCAAUGUUGACCCAGAUGUACCAACACAAGUGUUCACCAGUGAACCAGCAAGCAAUGUUGACCCAGAUGUACCAACACAAGUAUUCACCAGUGAUGAUUGA